ACGCAAGUGAAGGAGAUGGCGGACACAGACACGGAGACGCUGCCCAACGGGACGGGGGCCCCGAUGGGGCCCCUCUCCGCCGAGGAGGAGGAGGAGAGGAUGAAGCAGCGCCCCGCGGAUAUUGAUGCUGACGUCCGCGAGAUGGAGCGGCGCAAGCGCGUCGAAGCCCUCAUGUCGUCGAAGCUGUUCCGCGAGGAGUUGGAGCGCGUGCUGGACCAGCAGAUCCACGAGGGUAGCGACGCCCCCCUGCUGCAGCGCAUCCGGGAGAUGGUGGGGGGCAGGCUGCACACGGGCAGCGUGAGGGGCCCAGCGUGCGUCCUGCCCAUCAACGACAUCCGCGGCAUAGAAGGCAUCGGCUACGAGAAGGGCGAGAAGAUCCUGCGAUGCAAGCUGGCCGCCGUGUACCGGCUUGUAGACCUGUUCGGGUGGACGCAGACCGGCAUCAACGGUCAGAUCACGGGGCGCCUCAACACGGCGGUGGAGCAGGUGCUGACCACCCCGCGGGGGCUGCUGCCGCACGAGGUGACCGCCUCCUCACUCGUCAAGGUCGACAUGCAGGGCACCGUGCAGGACCAGGGCACCACCAACCUGCCCGUCAAUGUCGAGGGGUUCUCGCUGCACGCGGCGGUGCACGCGGCGCGGCCCGACGUGCGGUGCGUGCUGCACGUGCGGUCGGGGCCGGCGCUGGCCGUGUCCAGCACCGUGGGGGGGCUGCUGCCGCUGUGCCACGAGGCGGCGCUGCUGGGGCCCAUAGCCUACCAUCGCGCGCCGCCAGGUCUGCUGGAUAACGAAGAGCGCGACAAGCUGGUCCGAGCCCUGGGCCCCAGCGCCCGGGUGCUGAUGCUGUCUUGCGGCGGAGUCCUGUGCUGCGGCGCCACCGUGGAGGAGGCGUUCCAGCAGGCGCGGCAGGUGACCGCGGCCUGCGACGUGCAGCUGAGGCUGGCCGCGCUGCCCAGGGACCAGCUGCUGGUCAUGGACGACGACACCAGGAGCAAGAUCUACGAAUCUUCUCGCAAACCGCCCGCGGACGCGACAAAGUGGCGCGUCGGCGGUGAGGAGUUCGAAGCACUCAUGCGCAUGCUCGACAACGCCGGGUUCCGCACCGGAUAUAUAUACAGGCAUCCGCUCAUCAAGAACGACGUGCCGAAGCCGAAGAACGACGUGGAGGUACCGCCCGCGGUCUCCUCCCUCGGUUAUCUUCUAGAAGAAGAGGAGCUGUAUAGGCAGGGGCUAUGGAAGAAAGGCCAGGGCAAGACAGGCGAGCGCACUCGCUGGCUGAACUCACCCAACGUCUACCAGAAGGUCGAGGUCCUCGAGACCGGCACCAACGACCCCAAGAAGAUCACAAAGUGGGUCGAUGCUAACAACGAAGAGUGGGUGCAAGAUGGCUCGCCGGCGCACUCGAGCACUCCCGUCAAAAUCGACACCCUACAAUUUGUGCCCAAGAAUACUAAUCCCAAGGAAUUCAAGGCUUUGCAACAACAGAUUAAGGAGAACCGUCGUGCGGACAAGAUCAGCGCUGGACCCCAGUCCCACAUACUGGAGGGCGUUACUUGGGACGAAGCCAGCAAGCUCGUGGGAGAAGAUGCCGCCAACACCCACACUGGAGACCACGUGGUGUUGAUGGGCGCCGCCUCUAAAGGCAUCAUUCAGCGAGGCUACCAGCACAACGCUACCAUGUACAGCGCGCCUUACGCCCGUAACCCAUUCGACCAUAUCUCCGAUCGGGAGAUUGAGGAAUACAGGCGCAUUGUGGAGAGGAAAGCGCGGUCCGAUUACGACACCGAUCUUUCCGAGUCGGAAGCCAUCAGUGCAGCGCAGAUCACUUCACCGGCCAGCGCACCAUCGGAAACUGAAGAGGAAUCGCGAGAUGAACACCGAGUGUUAAGAAUAGAGACGAAACAAGCGCCUGUAAGAAGUCAACCGGAGGUCGUCCUCAGCGACGACACAGUUGAUUUCUUGAACAUGGAGCGAGCGCACGCGGACCGGACGAAAGACGUUGACACACCCCGGGAUCCAAACCUGUUACCCGAUGAGGAGGUGUUCUUGUCUUCUCCGGCCACUUCACCAGUGCCUGACAGUAUCAGGUCGCAGACGAUCAGAGCUGGUGAAGACUCGAACCUAUCGGAUGAGGUUUUCGCUGUGACCGCCGCUCCGGCCACUCAGCAACCUGUAGUAGUUAGAGCACAGACCAAUGUCAUCAGACAGUCUGUCGUGAUGAGAGGUGAACACACGGUGAACGGUGAUCAUUCCGAUGCACACCAGAGCACGUUCUCCCACAGCAGUAAAGAGGGUUCCCCCUCAAAGGAGGUGUCGACCGAGGACUCCCCGAAGAAAGAUAAGAAGAAGAAGAAGGGCCUGAGGACGCCCUCCUUUUUGAAGAAGAAGAAGGAAAAGAAGAAGGAGAAGUCCAGCACGCCACAGCCCGCCUAGAGAUAAAAAAUCAAAGGAACACUGCCAUUUCGCUUUCAAAUCUUGUAUUUUAAUAAGGUACCUAAUUCGCUCGUGAAUCGCUAAAGUAAGCUUCGGUGGGCACUCAGACAACUUGUCACAAUCGCAUACUAUCUUAAACGAACGACAUAAUAUAUGUUAAAAUAAAAAGCUGAAACAGUUUCAACUUAAUUCACAAGACGGUAGAGUCGUAAAUCGCUUUUACAAGGCAGCUUUGUCACCACAGGUGCUAAUAGGAUUCAGCAGAGACAUGCCUUAAAAAUCUAUGAGCCUGCGCCACCCUUUACUCGGCAAAUUAGGCAAGCGACAUAGAACGAUGACAAGGCGAGACAAAUAUGCUGUCUACACGUUGGUAUUGGCUUGGCCAUGAAAUCUCUAAAGUUCGGACAAUACUUGGAUUCUGUUCCUUUAUCGCCAUGCAGAAUGUUUCACCGAAAAAGAGCAAACAAAUGACAACCUUGGCCACAAAUUAAAAAAUAAGUGUUCUAUAGAAAUUGAAAAUCUUAAAAUUUUAUUUAAAUCUUGCUAAGUCGAGCUUAAGGCAGCUUUAAUACUAUCUAAAGCGAAUUCCAUCUUUAACCUGCUCCGAUUUAAUUAUUAAAGCAAAAAUGUUACAAACUUGCAUUUAUAUGUGGUGUGUAAAUAUCAAAGUUGCAUUAAGCAUGUUAAAGCGUUCGUUCUUGAGAGAGAUAGCUUGCGAUUGACGUUGAAAGUAACUUCUAGAAAUGAAAUAUUCGUGUAAUGAUGAUAAAACAUAGAUGGCAUGUACAAUUAUUUGAAAAGUGUUUGUUACAAAUAUAAAGGCGGGUUCACAUUGCUUCCUACGCUCGGGUCUUAUUGAUUUAUAGGUCAUUUGACAUUUACAUGCAUUUAUAGAGUAAGACAGAAAUACAAUCUAUGUAGGUAAGUUGAAAAAGAAUGGAGCUACAUAUUCUGACGAUCAUCAGUGCAUUAUGCAAUUUAAAUAAAAUUGCAACGCCCUUGCAGGGUGCACAUAUUUGUGCAAGUUAUCAUAAUCUUGUAUUUGAACUAUCUGUGGCAUGCAUUAAAGAAUAUGGAUCAAAUAUUUAACAUUUCACUAGAACCUUGUGUACAACAAGUGCUUGUAAGAGCUUAAGACUAAAUAUAAGGUAUAUCAGCUAUAUGCUGAGUCACAAAAUAUCAAUAAAUGCUUUAUAAUAAUCAUUGAAAGCACGGAGCAGGUAGUUUUAAAGACGUAUUUCUGUCAACUAUUCUAUAAUCGAUCUUUGUGAAAGUUGCUUGCCAUUAUGGAUGUGUUGUGCUUUUGCAUAAUUUGCCAUUAAAGUAGGAACCAGUGUGAACACGCCCUUAUACUCUGCCCCGGCACUGCCAAGACUGUGCUUCAUAGUUCGAAUAGUCUUUCAGUUGUCAUAAGUUUUUUUAAAGCCAAGGAAAAAAAAUAUAUUCAGUCUUAUGAACAUCUUUUGCUACAAGUUUUAAUGUUUAGAGAACAUUUAUGUUUAUACUGGGGCCACACUAUCGCGAUAAUGCGAAAAUUCCCGUUGUCGCGACAUGUCAGACCGAAACAUUCAUUGCGAAUGCUAAACACGUCAAAAAAGGCGAUUAAAUUCGUGCGGCGCGUUCGUUGACAGCGGGACUGAACUUUCCCGCCUGAAUUAUUGCGAUGUUUUUUAAAAUGUUGCCAGUUCGCGUUGUAUAUGGAAGUUGAAGUUUUAUCGUGUUACUGGCAGACGAAUUUUCACGCGAUAAUGUGGCCUUCGCAUAUCGUUGAGUGAAAACUUAUGAUGAUUUAUGGUUAAAUAAAUUAUGAAUUUUGUUUUUCUACACAAACAAAGUUGGUCACGUACCACAGUAUUUUAUUUGGCCCAAAAAAAUCCUUUUUCUGUUUUUGUUGUAAUUGAUCAAAAAAAGUGAUUAACAUAGACACUUGGUGUUUUACUCGUACAUUUUAUGUGUGUCUCUUGAUCAAUUACAGCAGAAAACAGAAGAGUGAAGUUUUUUGGGCCUUGCAAACUGUGCUUUUUGCAAAUGGUAAAGAAACUUUGUUCUUAAAUAAGUGAAAAACGUUUUUAUAAAUAUGAUUUUCGUUAUUUUAAUGCUCUUGAUAUGAAAUGUACCCACCUAUCACUAUAGGUAGCUAGGGCGAUCCUGCUAAACUGUGCGAGUUUUCAAAUGUAUUCUUCUGUGGCAGAUGCUUUGUAUACCGUAUUAUAUUAUUCUUAUAAAUUAACAAACAAUAAACCGAUUCACGAAAGCUGAUGUAAGCAAAUAACUUUUUAGUGAGGUUCUUGAUUCAUCGGUAAUAUAUUUUUUGUGACAUUUUACGUGAAACUUACAUAUAAGCUGGUUUAAUUCUUUUCAAAUACCUUUAUUCAUAACAGUUCCAUGUAUUUAGUUCCCCAACAUCAUAAAGCGUUAUAAAUUGAAUAUAACGCUGAAUCGAUAUUUUUUUUUAUAUCAGCAUUUUUUAUUUGCAAUAGUCAUUUCAGCGUUUAGCAAAUGCCAUAAAUAAAAUUGAAUAACAUGGAAACUCGACCAGCUAAAAACAUACAAAUUUAUAAUAAACAUGCGUUAAAUUAUUUAAAAAACAAAAACCUUAUUAAUUACUCGCCUUUACAUGUCUUAUGCCGGAACUUAUUUUUUUAUUACUUUUUAUAAUUUUUAAUUUUAGUCAACGAGCCUCUUCAUCUGUCGAAUGGAGUAGAAAAUGUGGAUAGAGACAUUAUUUUUGAUUAAAUAUUGAAUAUUAAAUGAACUUAAGAGAUUUUAGUACAUAUCUUUAUUUUUUUUUACAAAAGAUGAAGUAUUUUUGGAACAACUAAAAAUUAUAAAGCGUUGUAAAGUACAACUAAAUGCUUUUAUAGGAUGGUACAAUUUUUAUUCUAUAAAACACGGUGCUUAUUUCUGACUAACGAAUUAUUCUCAGAUUUUCUUUUUAUUAAUUGAAUUUUAGCGAGGCUUACAAUAAGCCUGCUGAAUUAAUGCAUUUUUAUUUGUAAUAGAUUAAGUUAUUAACAUUUCGAGUGCUACUUAAAGUUACGUUGUCAAUGUUCUAAAUAGGUGCAGAUUUUAUCAAUAACUAUUAAAUAUUUUCUAUGAACAUAAAGAGAUACACGUCUGUAUGUAACUUUUAACAAAUCACGUACAAUGAAGUUUAGUUUACACUUGUAAAAUAAAUUACCAUUUAAUUGCAUUUUUUAUCUACAUUUUCUUGUUCAUGAGAUGCUUGAGGAGGCGAUUUGGUGCAUUCUAAUAGUUCUACGGGCAUGUAAUGCUUUUUUAGGGGCCAGAGACCAUGUUUUUUUAAAGGGCCCUUCCCGCCAUUUGUGCUUUGUGAAAUAUUAAGAUGGCUGACUGCACGGCGGCAUUGACUGUCAAAUUGGCAUGCGUAGCAAUAUUUGAUAGCGUGCUAUUUAAUAUUAGUUGAAAAAAAAAAAACUUAUUUCCCUCUCUUAUGAAUGAUUAAUUAUUAUACUCAUGUUUUUGUAAAACGAUAGUUUUUUUUAAAUUAUAAAUUUUGGUGUUUAUUUAGUAUUUUUUUUUAAUAAUCUUUGGUGUUCAAUGUUUCCGAGUGGUCAGUUUAUAACUAUAAUUAUUAAAUGAUAAACAAAAUAUAAUAUAUGUUAGCACUAUAUGUAAAGUUAAGGACUAUUCGGCUAGCCUAUGUUUGUAGAUUUUUUAACUUAUUUCCUUCAAUGAGUUUUUCUUUUUAAUAUUUUCGAUGUGAACACGGCUGGUUUUCUGGAAAUUAUGUUGCAAUAACGGUUGUCGUUAUUACAAUAUCUUAUUUAACGUUAAAAAAAAAACAUAAAAUGUUCAGAAAAAACGGUCGUGCAUAAAAAUAUUUCAGUACAUAUUGUAAACAUUAUUAUUUAACUUACAUAUAGGGUCAAUUUUUUUUGUAAUUUAAACAAAACAUUAUAUUUUUUAUUAUUUUAUUUUUGUAACAAAUUCGACCCUGUAUAAUCAAUUUGACAUUACCUAGAAAAUUAGUCUAGAGUUGUUAAAAUGACAAGUUGAGUUUUAUUAUAAUUGUGUUAAGGGGCGUCUUGUCAACAUUUCUACUGGUAUAUAUAUAAUAAUAUUGAAAACCCAUUUAUAACUCUGAAUUUAGCUUUUUCUUGUUUUAUAUACAAAAAAUCAAUGAAUUUUCCUACUCUUCUCUAUAAUUGACAUUACUUAUUAUUGCAAUAACUAAAUUCCUAAUUGUUUGAACAACAAGACGCCCCCAAAAGCAAUGUUUUAUUUUUAAGAUUCUAUUUGUAAUCUUUAAAAUUAUGACACUGGCAUUUUUGCUAUUUAUGUAUAUGUAAUUGAAUAAAAUUAUUAGUUUUAAA